CUGGCAAAAAAUCCUGAAAAAAUGCCCAACUCGAAGGCACAAGCAAUAUUCAAGAGACGGUGAUAUGUGACUGAGCUAAUUUCCCGAGAUAUUGACAUACAAUCGAGAAUGUUGUGAUACUAAUUAAUCCCCAUUCCCUCGAAUCGUCGCACUCUUCCGGCAGUAUCGAUUAUAUCGCUCUGGUACCGCAAAUAUCCUGGGAAUAAAUAUCUCGAGUUGAUGUCCGUCCCCUGACGAAGUUAAUAUUCACAGUAACUGGAUCUCGCGACCAAAAAUGUGCAAUAGUCAUUCGUCAUCAGCUGAAAUAAUCUGUACCAAUUGCCAGCAUCAGUGAGCAAUAAAUCGGAUUGUUCGAGAUGGAAUUGAGAAGAGGAUCUUUGAUAAAGAAAUUAAUUCUUAUCAUCUGUUUUCUCCUGAUCCUUGCGUGGAUAAUAUUGAACGAUAAUUCAUGCCUGUUUGGAGGUAUCACCCGAAAAAUAACUCUCCAGAGAAUACGCCUGACUGGAUUUCAGGAAAUUCACUUGAAGCGGACAAUCGAGGAGAUCAAGGUCGAGGAAAUUCCACUCAAUGAAGUUCUCAAUGCAGAAGUUGUCAAUGUGACGAGUAAAGUGCAACUCGUGCCGUUGUGGACUAAUAACGAUAGUUUGACCGAUGGAAUCGAUGUAUCACCUAAAUACCAAAUUCUCAAGCAGCAGGGGCUCAUACCAACUAGACAAUUACCGAGUGCUCUGAUUAUCGGAGUGAAGAAAGGUGGGACGAGAGCACUUUUGGAAUUUUUGAGACUUCACCCCGAUAUCAGGGCUGCUGGCUCUGAAGUUCAUUUUUUUGAUCAUCAUUAUCCCAAGGGAUUUCACUGGUACAGACAUCGAAUGCCACCGACUUUGGAGGGUCAGCUGACGAUGGAAAAGACUCCCUCAUAUUUUAUAACAGCAGAAGCGCCGAGAAGGGUUCAGCUCAUGAAUCCAGGGACAAAGCUCAUCGUCGUGGUGCGAGACCCAGUGACAAGGGCCAUCUCAGACUAUACUCAAGUGAAAAGUAAACGUCUGACUCUACCGAAAUUUGAGGAGAGAGCCUUUAUAAAUGGAUCUCAGAUCGUCGACACCAACUGGGCUCCACUGAGAAUUGGCGUUUACGCUCGAUAUCUAGAGCGGUGGCUGCAGUAUUUUCCCCUUUCUCAAUUGCUCUUUGUGUCUGGAGAGAGAUUAAUUGCUGAUCCUGUUUUUGAAAUCACGAGAGUUCAGGAUUUUCUGGGGCUCAAACGAGUCAUUUCAGAGAAACAUUUUUACUUCAAUUCAACCAAGGGCUUUCCUUGCUUGAUGAAAUCUGAACAAAACGCCGCGCCACAUUGUCUAGGGAAAACCAAAGGUCGGAGUCAUCCUCGCAUCGAGCCAACAGCAAUCGAACGGCUUCGAGAUUUUUACAGGCCUUUUAAUCAACGAUUCUAUCAGCUGACAGGCAUCAACUUCGAGUGGACCUAAUGAGUUAUCCAAAUUAAUGAGUAAAUGCCCUUAACAUAUCCUAGAUUAUCCAAAGAGAUUAAUUUUGUAGCGAAAUGUGAAAAACAGAGUCCACCCACCUCUUGAGUUUUUCGUAAAUAUCUUCGUAACAAACGCAGAUGAUAAAAUUUUCAUAGAAACCUUUCCUGCAGAGCUGAUCAAGAGCUGUGAAAAAAUUUUUUACAAAAAUUUUUGUAUCAGCCUCCCUUUCGGAGAUAUUUUCGAAAAUCUUCACCUCUUUUACCUCUGCUAUUUCGUUACUGAAUUUUUCGCUUAUUAAUAAUUUCACUGGAUCAUCUUUAGCAAAAUGAUCGCAUUGAUACCAAUUAUUCCAUUUAUUUAUCCCUGAAUUAUACUUAAAGGGGGGAAAAUAAAAAAGAAAAAGCUAUAGAAUACUGUAAAGUAAAUCAUAUCAUAAGAAAUCGAAGUAAAAUCGAGUAACGAGAGAAGAAAAACUGCACGCUUUUGCUCAAUUCACAGUGACUACAUGUACAAAAUUGUUAUUGUAAAUAUUCACGGAUAGAAGUUGUAAAUACCCAUAACAAUGCAAAUAGGUGUAAGAAAUU